CUUACAGUAAAAAAUGGCAUUUCAGAAGGCAGUGAAAGGAACUGUUCUCAUUGGAGGAGGUGCCAUAGCAACAGUUUUUGGCCUCUCUCAAUUUUCUCAGUAUAGAAACAAACACGGUACCUUUGUACGUGUUCAAGCUGCAGAAGCUGUGACUGUUCCAAUAAAGAACCAUUUCCCCACAAGAGAACAACAAAUUUUGGCACUGCAAACCACAAGUGAAUUUGAUGUCCUUGUUAUAGGUGGAGGAGCAACAGGAUGUGGCUGUGCUUUAGAUGCAGUCACUAGAGGACUAAAAACAGCCCUUCUAGAAAGAGAUGAUUUCUCAUCAGGGACCAGCAGCCGGAGUACUAAAUUGAUCCAUGGUGGAGUGAGAUAUCUUCAGAAGGCCAUCAUGAAGUUGGAUUUUGAGCAGUACAAGAUGGUGAAAGAAGCACUUGAGGAGCGUGCAAAUCUGCUUGAAAUUGCUCCUCACCUGUCAGCUCCUUUGCCGAUAAUGCUACCUGUUUACAAAUGGUGGCAGUUGCCAUACUACUGGUUUGGAAUAAAGCUAUAUGACCUCGUGGCCGGAAGUCAAUGUCUGAAAAGUAGUUAUGUUCUUAGCAAGUCAAGAGCCUUGGAGCUCUUUCCAAUGCUACGCAAAGAUGAACUUGUUGGAGCUAUUGUCUACUAUGACGGACAGCACAACGACGCACGGAUGAACCUCGCCAUCGCCCUCACUGCUGCCAGGUACGGCGCUGCCACGGCCAAUUACGCUGAAGUGCUGCGCUUGCUGAAGACGACAGACCCGGCCAGCGGGAAGGAGCGCGUGUGCGGGGUGCGCUGCAGGGACGUCCUAACAG